GCAGUAGAAUCAUUUUGGAUGUUAGCGGAUCGAGCGAGCGACGCAGCCAAGAAGAUUCCCAGACGUUUCCUCUGAACUUUCCCGGAAACUCUCUUCCCCCUUUCAAUUUUCCCGCUUUCUCUCUUUCCUCUUUCUCUUUUCCCUUUUAUUUAUUUUUUUACUUUUCCCUUUCUCUUUUCCCAUUGGAAUCUACGACUAAAAAAAAAAAAAAAAAAAAACUUUGUUUGAGUAGCUGAACUCUGAAGGUCAUUGUUUUUUCCCAGAUCAGAUCUGAUUUGGGACUGUUUGGGAGCUGAGAAAAUGCAGAGCAGGUAUAUGGAGAGAUCGAAGAGCAUGGGGAGGGAAAAGCGACCUCUGGAUCCAGGUUCCAGUGAGGAAGGUCAGCGGGACCAGAAACGACCUGCUCUUGCCAGUGUUAUUGUUGAAGCUCUCAAGGUGGAUAGUCUCCAGAAACUCUGCUCAUCACUGGAGCCUAUUCUUCGGAGAGUGGUUAGUGAAGAGGUGGAGCGUGCUUUGGCAAAGUUAGGCCCCACUAAAAUUAAUGGGAGGGUUUCUCCAAAACGAAUAGGAGGGCCAGAUGGGAGAAACUUGCAGCUUCACUUCAGGUCCAGAUUGUCGCUUCCACUCUUUACUGGAGGGAAAAUAGAAGGGGAGCAGGGUGUAGCGAUCCACAUUGUUUUGCUAGAUGCAAACACCGGUCGUGUUGUAACAUCAGGUCCAGAGUCUUCAGUGAAACUAGAUGUUGUUGUGCUUGAAGGUGAUUUUAAUAAUGAGGAUGAAGAAAGCUGGAGUCAGGAAGAAUUUGAGUCUCAUAUUGUGAAAGAGCGUGAAGGAAAGAGGCCUCUUCUGAAUGGGGAAUUGCAAGUGAUGUUGAAGGAAGGAAUAGGGACCCUAGGGGAGCUUACAUUUACUGACAACUCUAGCUGGAUUAGGAGCAGAAAGUUUAGAUUGGGUCUAAAAGUUGCCUCGGGCUGUUGUGAAGGCAUUUGUAUUCGUGAAGCAAAAACAGAUGCCUUCAUUGUCAAGGAUCACAGAGGAGAAUUAUACAAGAAGCACUAUCCACCUGCAUUUAAUGAUGAGGUCUGGAGACUGGAGAAGAUUGGCAAAGAUGGAUCAUUUCACAAGAGACUUUUUAAAGCUGGAAUAUAUACAGUUGAAGACUUCCUACGGCAUGCAGUGAGAGACCUGCAGAGAUUACGGAAUAUACUGGGAAGUGGCAUGUCGAAUAAGAUGUGGGAUGUCCUUGUAGAGCAUGCAAAGACUUGUGUUCUGAGCGGGAAACUUUAUAUUUACUAUCCUGAUGAUGUGAGGAAUGUUGGUGUUGUUUUUAACAACAUCUAUGAAUUGUGUGGCUUAAUUGCAGGCGGACAAUAUUACCCAUCUGAUUCUCUUUCUGAUAGUCAGAAGGUCCAUGUGGAUACCUUGGUGAAGACUGCAUAUGAAAACUGGAUGCAUGUUAUAGAGUAUGAUGGCGAGUCUCUUUUAAGCUUCACUCAGAAUAAAAACUCAGCUGCUUCUCAAAAUGAUGGUACUGUAGGCCCACAAGAUUAUUCUACCGCCUUUGAUCCUCAGCUCACACUACCGAGUCUUCCAGUUUCGAUUCCUUUGGAGCAGCCCUCAAUGAAUCCAGCCCUAACUGCAGGAGGACACGAUGUUAGCAUUGGUACUCGAUAUCCAAUACAGUCACAGAAUGUGAACCUCAAUGCUCCUAUUCAGUUCGAUAACCCUUCAUUUUCUCCACAUAACCAAAUGAUCAAUGCUUCACAACUAGUCCAGCCUCCUGGAAGUGAGAGUUUGCUGGCCCUUGGUUUACAACAACCAUCCAUGUCAGGCUUUGAGAUUGGUGGACCAUCUAAUUUUACGUCUUACAGGGGAUUUGAGGACUUUAUUCCGGAGGAGGAGAUUCGCAUGAGAAGUCAUGAGAUGCUAGAAAAUGAAGAUAUGCAGCAUCUACUUCACAUUUUCAACACGGGUAGCCAUGGUCCCACCUCUACUAAUGUCUUGGAUAAUGGUUACCCUUACUCAUCAGCAGCAUACAUCCAUAAUCAAUCUUCAAACCAUGCUUUUGAUGACCGGGCACGUCCCUCAGGCAAAGCUGUUGUAGGGUGGCUCAAACUCAAGGCGGCCCUGAGAUGGGGCAUAUUCAUCAAGAAGAAAGCUGCUGAGAGACGAGCACAACUUGUCGAGUUGGAUGAUUCAUAAAGAUGAUCUCCUUGGUUUUGGUGUCUGAUCUGUAUUUAAUGAAUUUUUAACUUGAGCGAGGACUAUGCUCCUGGAUUUUGAAUUGUUGGAUACGGUCUGGAUACUCGAAACAUCUGCUGUUCCUCAGACUCAACCUGACAUCUGGGCUCCUUUCUGCUUGUAUAGUUUUUGCAUGUACAGUAAGAUUGCUUCAUCUAUCAACCUCAUAAUUACAGUUUGUCUUCCAUUUGUUACAAGGAAGCUUCUCAGGAUACUAGUCUGCAUCUUCUGUCUGAUCAACAGUGUUGGUUAUUCCAACUAAAGAUGCUUGCAGAUGACUCGGACAUAAUGUGGCCAUAAAAGCUUGGAAUUUUAGCAUGGGUCUGUCUUUUGCAUUGGAUAUCAAAAUUAGCACGGUAGAAGCAGGAGUAGCUUUCUUGUACGAACGGUAAUCUGUUGUACCUUAUUGUUCUCUUAUAGCAUUGUGUUGGUGGAAAUCAAACACAAUAAUUAGUGUUGUAUGUUGCUUGUAUGUUGAAAUCUAACACAAUAAUAAGUAGUAACUCUGAAAAUUAGUUGAGUGCAUUCUAAUGUAAGAUAACAGCUUUUGAACUACUGUAAUAAUCAUAAGUCUGAUAUGUUUACAUUACUGGAUUAAAAGUAUGUUUUGAUUAUUUGAAGGAUCUAUAGCAUUGGCUUCA